AAUUACCCGUCCCCUAUUAUCAACGGACAUCGAUUCGCAAAUGACCGAAUUUUAUGGCGCCAGGCCACACGCUUUUUCGUCUACCCGGCAAGUUGCAUCUUAUUUACCUUAUUUAUCCCCGAGGAGAUUCGAUUGGUAGGAUAAUAAAAGUUAAUGGAAAUCUGGACACAUACCUCUUAUAAAGCAAGCAGAAUAUUACGCAAUUCACACUGGCUAGUGGAUCGCUCUUACAGCACCAAACGCUUUCCUUUGUUUUUUUCUAAUGUUUAUGAAGUACUGCUUCUUGCUCUGGCGUUACAACAAUCCCUCCACGUAUCAACAUUUCUUUGGCAUUUUGGCACAUAAUCUGUCGGAAUUAAUAUAUUGUCAACACGCGAUAACUACACGAACCAUAGAAAACAUUUUUUAUUUUAUCAAUAAAAUUGAAUGAUACUUAUACUUUAUUUGGCUAUAAUUGGUUAUUAAUACUCUUGAUGUACCGAGGCAAUCGGUUAUUAUUUAGAUAAACAUCUAUCUUAGGCCUUAGGGUCUGUCUAUAUGGUGUCGAGUACCGGCACACUGAGGUAUAGGUGGUUGAUGGAUGGGAUAGUCCUGUAAUCCAGAAUUUCAGAACGCAGCGAAACGAGCUCGUCACACCGUGUACUGUGUAGACAGACCCUUAUGCGGGCAGCUGAGCAGCUCUCACACAUAACCUAUACGUAAAACGUAAACACAACAAUAGCAAGAAGACUGCUGUUGUGUAAAUUAUUUUUACAAUAAGCAACUAGUUGUUGUUGAAAGUGUAAGAUGAGUCUCGUAGCUUACGGCAGUAGCGACGAAAGUGAAAAUGAAGAAACCAAUGAACAGCCUCAAGUAGAAGAAAAGACUGAUGAGGAAGCUGUCAAAAUAGUGUCAAAUUCUAAACUACAGUUGCCCUCUCCAAAGUCAAAGAUGGUUAAUAAUGAAUCUGCAACAAAUGGAAAUGAUUCGAUCAAGGAAGUUAAAAAGAUUAAUUUCGGAGAACUGCCAAAACCAAUAUCAGUUAAUGCAGCGAUAGAUGCUCUAGAAACAGACAGGGCACCUGUACCUAGAAAAGUUGAUUAUGGUAAAAUUGAAAAAUUGCCCAAGAAGGAAAAAGGACCCACAAAGAUAUCAAUCCCAUCGUUGUCAGAUUUCAAAGAUUUGGAGGAGGAGGAGACUGAAAAGAAGAGUUAUAGACGGAAACCAUCAGAGAAAGGGUCAGGUCUUAUUAAUCUUCUACCUCCACCAAGCAGUGCAGUAAUUUUAACCAAAACAAAUAAAAUGGUACCUCAUGUUCUCACAAAAUCAGUUGAAAACAAGAAACUCAUUCCUACAAAACCUGUAGAAAAUGUGAAAAGGAUACAGAAACCUGCUACUCAAUCAAAGUCUGCAACCUCAACAAUCAAAUCAUUGUCAAAUUAUUCAGAUUCAGAAGAUGAAGAUGACCAUAAAACUUCAUCUAGCAUUGAUUUCUUUUCUCUAUCCACUCCCAUCAAGAUUCCUGAUGAACUUUUACCUCCUAUGAGUAAAUCCGAUAUGGAUGCUAUCAAUGCGAUAGCUACUAAGAAAAAAAUGUAUAAUAAGGAAGAAAAGCCAAUCACAGAAGAAAAUCAGGAAGAAUCAAGGACAACAUUAGUUAGCAAUAUUAUGAAUCUUCCCAAAGAAGAAAUCUUAUUAAAAAACAAGGCAGAAGUUGGACCAAAAUUGCCAGUUCCUGAACAAGAGUAUAAUGUGGACUCGGAAGGAAAUGUUGCUUUUGAUGAAAAAGCCAUAGAAUACCUGUGUGGAAAAAGAGGAGUCAAACGCAAAAAUGAAUUUAGUAAUGUGGAUAUUGUUGAGAUAAGUGGAGAAGAUAUAAAACCAGAUGAAAGAGAAUGGAUGGUUAAAGCACUUACAGAAGAGAAAAGUAAUAGGCCUGUAUCUGCUGGUGCAGGUCCUAGUGGACAAUCAAAAAAGAAACAUCAGAUUACAUAUUUGGCUCAUCAAGCAAAAGCUAUGGAAUUAGAGCUGAAAAAUCAGUGGGCACAAAACAAAGCAAGCCGGCAACAAACCAGAUCAAAGUAUGGUUUUUAAUUUGUUUAGCGAUAUUAGGGUAUUACAAUAAUAGGUAGGAUUUAUCAAUGAAUUAAUUGUAUGUUAAACAGGACAAAUUUUUGGUUUUUAAAAUCAAGUUAAAUGGUUCUUGAUUUUGAUUAUUUGAUUUUUGUAAAUUCUGUAUCAUGUUAAAUAUUAUUUGAGCUCUUGUACAUAAUUUUCAAUACUAAUAUUAUAUAUUGUAUUAGUAGAAUAUAAAGUGCAUGAUAGAUUAGUGCUACUUAGAGUCAUAAAGGUUUUCUUCAUGAGACAAUAUUUUAAAAGUCAUUAUUAUUAAUAACAGUAAUGAUGAAAUAUACUUUUAUUACAUAUGAAAUUAUUGAACUGAACUCGUUAGGACAAAUACAUUGUAUCAAAGAGAGGAUGUUAAAUAAAUUUUAUCAAUUAUUUUCAAAUAA